UUCCGCGAGGAAGAGCGAUGUUCUUUUGUCUGUCAUAUUUCUUCGCUUCAGACAAAAAUGCGUUGAAUAAAUGUAAUUUCUUCAAUUUUUGAAUUAAUUAAAUUGAAUAAUUAUUUGAAUUCUGAUGGAUUACUUAAAAAAACCAGUAUUUGUGGUGGGAGAAAUAAACGAAGAUAUUAAUCUAUCAUUGCCACCUUCUUCCGGAGAAGAGUACAUCAAACGAGUGGUAAUAGAAGCCAGACAAUGCGCGGAUGUAGUGGUGGCUAAUUUAGAUCCCUCAUGUGUGAAGGAGCCUACAAAAGCCUAUGUGGAGACUUUAGCAGGAUGCGUUCAAGCACCAGCAAGCCUCAAGCCAACUGUGGAAUGGCAACAAUAUCAGGUUGCAGACUUUUCCAAGUUAAGAUUAUAUGUCAGCCAAUUGAAAGAUGAGAUACUAAUAGGCAAGCGCAAGUGGAAACCACCUGACAUUCAUUUGCCAGACAUAGAUGAUCAGAAUGCUUGGAUCAGCUUCUGUUUAAAUGGCGAAGAAAAAAUCGAACCAACUCUGAAUACUUUGUUUUGCUUUAGUCAGUCUGAUGUAGAACAGGUACUAGAAUAUCUGGUACAACUUGUGGAAACUGAAAGAAAAGUUGAAUACAAAAUAGGCCAAUGGAUCUAUACGUUACUUGUGAUUUUGGAGCAACCAUUGCAGCCUGAUACUUGUUCCUGCCUGCGCUCAUUGGCUCGAGCAUGUUCCGUCAUUCGUGCCGAUAUUAGAGAAUUGGACGCGCAGGAGUUGGGAGCGCUGAACUUAUUCAUCUGUCUAGUAGCGAGAUACUUUCGUCAAUUAGACUUGGCAGAUCCUUAACAAUUUCCUAUUGUGCAUACAAUUAUUUAUGACGCGACAUGAUAUAUGUCUGUGUACAUACAGAGAUUUUUAAUAAACUUCACAUAAGAUUA